GGGGACCCCGCGGAGGCCGGCGGGGGCCCCAGAUGCCAGACCCGCGGCGCCCCGCCCCCGCGCGCCCCCCGCCCGCGGGCAGGCGGAAAACAGAGCGCACGUGACUCGGAAGCGUGACUUUGUUGAUAUGUGCGCGUCUGGCGGGUGUCGCGGGGUCCCGGCGCUGGCGGGCCCCCGGGGAGAUGCGGGAGAGUGCGGGAGGCCAGGAGGGGUGACAGACGGGGUCCUCCUGAGAAUCCCGUCCCAACUUUGUUUCUUGCGCUUCCUCAGCCUGCCAACAGGUGAAGAGUGAGGGACCCAAGCUGAUGCCCUUCUUCAAGGCCACCUGCGUGUACUUUGUGCUUUGGCUGCCCUCCUCCAGCCCAUCGUGGGUCAGCGCCCUCAUCAAGUGCCUGCCCAUCUUCUGCCUCUGGCUCUUCCUUCUGGCCCAUGGCCUUGGAUUCGUGCUGGCCCAUCCCAGUGCCACCCGCAUCUUUGUGGGCCUCAUCUUCUCUGCUCUAGGUGAUGCCUUCCUCAUCUGGCAGGACCAGGGCUACUUUGUGCACGGUCUGCUGAUGUUUGCUGUGACCCAUGUCCUCUACGCCUCAGCUUUUGGCAUGCGGCCACUGGCUCUUCGGACGGGUGUGGUGAUGGCAGUGCUGUCAGGCCUAUGCUAUGCUGUCCUCUACCCUGGUCUCUCGGGUGCCUUCACAUACCUGGUGGGAGCCUAUGUGGCCCUCAUCAGCUUUAUGGGCUGGCGAGCCAUGGCAGGGCUGCGACUGAUUGGGGCAGCAUGGCGCUGGACUGAGCUGGCGGCUGGCGGUGGUGCACUGCUGUUUAUCAUCUCUGAUCUGACCAUCGCCCUCAACAAGUUCUGCUUUCCUGUGCCCUACUCUCGGGCAGUCAUCAUGUCCACCUACUAUGCCGCCCAGAUGCUCAUUGCGUUGUCAGCUGUCGAGAGCCGGGAGCCGGUAGAAGACUACAGACUGAACAAGGCCAACUGAGGCACCCAGGUCUGCUCAUCCUAUUCUCCCAGGGGACCCUGGGAACCUGCGGGAGCUGGACCAGGAUGGCUGCAAUGCCAGCCUGGGACAGCAGGUACCACCUUGAGGAACUUGCAAGUUUGAGGGGUAAGCCAACAAAGGAUUUCCCGAGCAAAGCUAGUAGUGCAGGACCAUGGUGCAAGCUCAGAGUGAGCCUUA